UUUAAGAUGACCGUGCACGACUGUCUCUAUUUUGGUGCAAGCAGUUGCCAGUUCCAACUCAGUCAGUGUUCACAACAGCUAGAGUAGCUAACGUUAGCGUAAAAGCUUGCUAAAAGCGUCAUCUAGCUCGUUAAUGUGGAUACAUUUUCUGGAAAAAUAACUGACGUAGGUUACCUUUUUACUGGCUUGCAGCAACAGGAACUGCAAUCCUGGUGACCUGGCCAGGAGGGGGCAACUGCAAUGUUGUGUUGGGGAAAUGCUUCCUUUGGUCAGCUAGGUUUAGGAGGAAUCGAUGAGGAAAUUGUGGUGGAGCCAAGAAGAUGUGACUUUUUUCAUGGAAAGCAGAUUUGUGAUGUAGGGUGUGGCAGAAGGCACACCACAUUUCUGCUUGGUGAUGGGACAGUGUACACCUGUGGCUGCAAUGACCUAGGGCAGCUGGGACACGAAAAGUCUCGAAAGAAACCAGAGCAAGUUGUGUCGCUAGAUGCACAAAACAUUGUUGCAGUGUCAUGUGGCGAGUCUCAUACCCUUGCAUUAAAUGACAAAGGACAAAUAUUUGCAUGGGGCUCGGGAUCGGAUGGACAACUGGGCCUUAACAACUUUGAGGAAUGUGUCCGUGUGCCUAGAAACAUCAAGAGUUUAUCAGAUGUACAAAUUGCUCAGGUAGCUUGUGGAUAUAGACACUCCCAUGCUUUGUCCAGAGGUGGUCAAAUUUACUCUUGGGGACAAAAUCGAUUUGGACAACUAGGACUGGGAAUGGAUGGUCAAGGCAUUUCCAGUCCCCAAAUCAUUCAGUCUUUACAGGGAAUUCCAUUUGCUCAGAUAUCAGCAGGGGGUGCUCACAGCUUUGCCCUUACUCUCUCAGGAGCUGUUUUUGGUUGGGGUCGUAACAAGUUUGGUCAACUUGGUCUCAAUGAUAACAACGAUCGACAUUUUCCAGCCCUUCUUAAGUCCCUUAGGUCACAGAGAGUCAUUUAUAUCUGCUGUGGCGAGGACCACACAGCAGCACUAACCAAGGAAGGAGGCGUGUUUACAUUUGGAGCAGGCGGGUAUGGCCAGCUGGGACACAACACUACAAAUCAUGAGAUCAACCCCAGGAAGGUGUUUGAGCUCAUGGGAAAUGUAGUCACACAGAUAGCCUGUGGAAGGCAGCACACAUUGGCUUUCAUCCCUUCGUCUGGAAAGAUAGAUUCGUUUGGCCUUGGAGGAAAUGGGCAGCUGGGUACACGUUCCUCAUGCAAUAGAAAGAGCCCUGCCACGGUAAAAGGCCCAUGGGUGACCUACAAUAGCCCAACACCUUCCGACACAGACAUUGAGCAGGAUUGUUAUGUGGUAAGGAUCUAUGCAGGAGGGGACCAGAGCUUUGCCCACUAUAGCACUCUGAAUGGCCCUAAUAAUGUAAAGACAGAGGACCCUCGCAGGCACAUCUACACCUUGACUCCAGAUCUCAUCCAGAAGUGGCUGAGCCACACACAAGGAAGACUCCAACCAGAGAUCUCCAAUGAAAUCGACCUUGUUUUCUCCUCAGCAAGUUGCUUCAACGGGAGCUUCUUGGCUACAAGCCAUCCAGAUCACUACUGCACAAACGGUAAAUGUUCAGGGGUGGACAUGAACUUGGCACGCCUCCUAUUUCACAGAGUUGUUCAACAUGAUUACCCAGAAAUAACUCAGCAGAUUGCAGCCAGCCUGGAGAAAAAUCUGAUUCCCAAACUGAGUAACUGUCCUCCAGACAUAGAAGCUCUGAGGCUCUACCUGACACUGCCAGAAUGUCCUCUCUUCAGUGACCUUAACACAUAUGUGACCCUCGCAAUCCCUUUUGCCAAAGCCCUCAUCAGUCUUAAAGAGGCUCCUUUAAAGGUGCUAGGUAAUUGGUGGUCCAAGUUUGAGUCUCCAGACUUCCAGAGGCUAGUGGAACUGUACAAAGAUGUGGUGGUGUACCUGCUCAGAAUGCACAAGGUUGGGAUCCCACACUCAGAGCAGAGGGUCCUCACCUGCUUUCUGGACACAUCCCUCAAACUCCUAGAGGUCCUUCAUGCUGUAAAUGAGAAGGCUGGCCAUAUCAUACAAUAUGACAAGUUCUACAUUCAUGAGUUGGAUGACCUUAUAGACAUCAGAAAUGACUACAUCACAUGGGUGCAGCAGCAGAUGUAUUCUGUGGCUCAGGAUAGUGCUGUCACCCUGUGCAGGUACCCGUUUGUGUUUGAUGCCCAGGCAAAGACCACCCUGCUUCAGACUGACGCUGUUAUACAAAUGCAGAUGGCAGUAGACCAGGCUCAGCGACAGAACUUCAGCUCCAUGUUUCUGCCGGUGGUGGAAUCUGUCAACCCGUGCCUCAUCCUUAUCGUACGCAGGGAGAACAUUGUUGGAGACACUAUGGAGGUCCUGAGGAAGUCCAAAAAUGUUGACUACAAGAAACCCCUUAAGGUGAUCUUUGUUGGAGAGGAGGCAGUUGAUGCUGGUGGUGUGCGGAAAGAGUUCUUCCUUAUGAUCAUGAGGGAGCUUCUGGACCCCAAGUACGGAAUGUUCAGAUACUAUGAGGAGUCCCGUUUGAUUUGGUUCGCAAACAAGACCUUUGAGGACAUUGACUUGUUCCACCUCAUCGGUGUCAUCUGUGGGUUGGCCAUAUACAACCUCACAAUUGUGGAGCUCCACUUUCCAGUGGCCCUUUAUAAGAAGCUCUUAAAGAGGAACCCAACUUUGGAUGAUCUUAAAGAGCUAAUGCCAGAUGUAGGAAGGAGUCUACAACAGUUGCUGGACUACUCAGAGGAUGAUGUGGAAGACACAUUCUGCUUGAAUUUCACUGUUACUGAGGAAAACUUUGGUGCCACUGAGGUGUUGGAACUCAUUCCAAAUGGCAUAGAUAUCUGUGUGAACAACACAAACAGGCCGGAGUUUGUGAAUGCAUACGUGGACUACAUCUUUAACCGGUCUGUGGCUUCACUUUUCGAGUCAUUCUUUGCGGGGUUCCACAAAGUGUGUGGAGGGAAGGUUCUAGAGCUGUUCCAGCCUAAUGAACUGCAGGCCAUGGUCAUUGGUAACACCAACUACGACUGGAAAGAACUUGAAAAGAGCACAGAGUAUAAGGGAGAGUACUGGGCUGAGCACCCUACCAUCAAGUUCUUCUGGGAGGUGUUCCAUGACCUUCCUUUGGAAAAGAAAAAGCAGUUUCUCUUGUUUCUCACAGGAAGUGAUCGCAUCCCAAUCCUUGGCAUGAAAAGUUUGAAGCUUGUGAUUCAGCCCACGGGAGGAGGGGAGCAAUACCUGCCAGUGGCACACACCUGCUUCAACCUGCUAGACCUUCCCAAGUACAGCCGACGGGAGACACUAUCUGAAAAGCUUCUCCAGGCUAUAGAUCACAAUCAAGGUUUCAACCUCGCCUAAUGGCACAAAGAAAAUGCCUGUAGCUCUUCCCACUGACUUAUUGUGGUGAUCACAUGCACAUUUGUCAUUGCUGACUGAUCUUAAACCGUUUUGAGACAGUAGCAGUCCCAAGAGGUGUGUAAAGGAACAAACCUACAGUAACAGUGCUGUACUGAUGCAGAUUUUCAUUUGAAGACAUCUUGGGUUUGAUAUCCAAGUUCUUUUCACACCAUCACAGUAUUUAACAGAGCUUGUCCCAAGAUCAACCAACAACAAUCACAUUAUUUUAUAUUUAUACUUGUAUUCAUGUUUGAAUAUAAACUAGUGUAAAUAAGCCAAAGCACUGGUUGAUACUUUAAACCUCUGAGCUCAGAUGAUGAAAGCUAGUGUUCUUCAUGAUCAACAUCAGUCUGUAUUUCUUAAUGAAAAUACAAUAUGAAUAUGUAUGAGAGUUGACUUAGAUGUUGAGUGAUUUUACUUGGCUGUAAGCCUUAAACUAGCCACAAAUAAACCUUAAUUACAGCUAUG